AUGCCUCAAGAAUCUCCUCAAGUGCCAAAUGAUAAUCACGAUGAGAUUGAAAGUGCGUCUUUGAGACAUAGUGUGCUGACCAUGAAUGAGAAGUUGAUGGAUCCUGACACUAAAGCUCAGUCCAAGGUCGAUGAAAAGAUUGUUAAUUAUGACCAAGCAGAUAUAUUAGGCAAAUUUCGAUUGUUUUUGCUUGGAUCGGCUUACAUUCUACUGAUGGCAUUUGUUGGUGUGGUUGUCACUCUCAUCAGAUUACAAGGCUAUACACGGAGCAAGCGUUUUGGUUUUUGUUUGCGUCGAAUUGGUUUGAUAUUCGGGCAGAGUGUUUUUCUUGACCUUUCGGAUUGCAAGCUGGAGAGAAACAUUGCGACUAGCAGAACCAGUUUCCCCAUUGGCAACCUUUCGAGCGGGAACCGAGCAAUAGCACUGCACAUUUUGAGAGACCCCGUGUUAAGUUUCGGUUACAUUGCAAUUAUUAUUGGCACAUCAUGGGUGGCCGUUUUUUCCCCUCUUGAUUUUUUCAAUUCCGAUUAUUUCUUCUUUAUAAUGGUUGGUUUUUACUUGCUUCAUAUGUUUAUUGACAGGUUCAUUCGAAACGAACGGGUUGACCGUUCCAAGAGCAGUCAGGGUGUGUCAAAUAAUGAGAGUGGUAAAGGAAACGACUUUUCUUGA